AUGAGAGAUGAAAACUCAAAGAAAAGCAAGUUUUCAUGGCCCAAAGCACUUGUCAAGAAAUGGCUCAACAUCAAGGGCAAAAGUGAGGAUUAUCAUGCUGAUGACAUCAUCUACCAAGGUGUUGAUGAAAAAUGGAGCAAUUUUACAGAGAAGCAAGUUAUCACUAUCAAGAAAAGCAAGACAGAGAAACCGUGUAGACGAAUUUCGGACCGUGCCCGACGAAGUAAGAUCGAUCUUGAAGCCUCCCGGAUUGCUGAUGUGCAAGACUAUAGAAUCUUUGUAUCAACAUGGAAUGUGGCUGGAAAAUCUCCCCCUAAUUAUUUAAAUCUCGAAGAAUGGCUCCACACUUCGCCUCCAGCCGACAUCUAUGUCCUCGGGUUUCAAGAAAUAGUCCCUCUUAAUGCCGGCAAUGUCCUUGGCACAGAAGACAAUGGCCCGGCUCGAAAAUGGCUAUCCCUCAUCCGUAAAACUCUAAACAGCUUGCCCGGUAAUAGUGAAAAUUACCGCACCCCGUCCCCAGCCCCUAACCCGAUUGUUGAGCUUGAUGACGAUUUCGAAAGAUCGAGCAGAGAAAAUCCUCCGUCGUCCUUUUUCCACCGUCGAUCUUUCCAGUCUUUGAGCCGCAGCAUGAGGAUGAUGAUGAUGGAAAAUGACGUUUCUACCCCUCAGCCGAGGCUCGACCGCCGGUUUAGUGUCUGUGAUCGAGUGAUAUACGGCCACAGACCGAGUGAUUGCUAUUAUGAGUCAUCUGAUGACGAAAUCGGGCCAGGAGACUACUCGCCAUUUGCGCAUUAUUAUAACUCGCCCGUCACGUGUAAUAAUAAGAAUAAUAAUGCGUCCAUGGAAGAUGGAGAUAGAAAAUUGAGAUAUUGCUUAGUUGCUAGCAAGCAAAUGGUGGGAAUUUUUCUUACGGUGUGGGUAAAGAGCGAUUUACGAGAUGCCGUGGGGAAUUUGAAGGUGUCGUGUGUUGGGAGAGGUUUGAUGGGCUAUCUUGGAAAUAAGGGCUCGAUUUCGAUUAGCAUGUCUUUGCACCAAACUAGCUUCUGCUUCAUUUGUAGUCAUUUAACAUCGGGUGAGAAGGAUGGAGAUGAGCUAAGGAGGAACUCGGACGUCAUGCAGAUUUUGCGAAAAACGAGGUUUCCACGUGUUCACGGCAUGGGGGAUGAGAAUUCUCCACAAACGAUACUCGAGCAUGAUCGAAUCAUAUGGCUCGGGGACUUGAAUUACCGGAUUGCCCUCUCUUACCGAUGUGCAAAAGCUCUAGUCGAGAUGCGUAACUGGCGAGCUUUAUUGGAAAAUGACCAGCUUUGUGUAGAACAGAGACAUGGAAGGGCCUUUACCGGGUGGAAUGAAGGGAGAAUAUAUUUUCCUCCUACGUACAAAUAUUCGAAUAAUUCAGACAGAUAUGCCGGAGAAAACUUGCACCCGAAAGAGAAGAGAAGAACUCCUGCAUGGUGUGAUCGUAUAUUAUGGUAUGGUCGAGGCCUUCAUCAACUAUCGUAUGUUCGUGGAGAAUCGAGAUUUUCAGACCAUAGGCCCGUUCAUAGCAUAUUUUUGGCUGAUGUUGAGUCUCUUAAUCGUAAUCGGAUCAAGAAAGGCACGAGCUAUUCAAGCUCGAGGAUCGAGGUCGAGGAGCUGCUGCCUCAUUAUGCAUACGAACAUUCAUUUUGGCCUAAGAUAGUUGCUAUUUCAAGUUUUCGACGACUUAGGCAUCAAGAAAAUGAGUUAGAAGAUGCGAAUGCUCGAAUGUUCAGGGACUUCUUGGGGAAUUUCGUUUCAUUAUUUUUGUAA